UGAAGUCGAUAAUCCAAACUCUUCUACGCUCUUCUUCUUUCCUCCUUUGCUCUGACUCUGAAGCUGAGCCCUAAACUCCUCCUCCUCCACUAUCACUAUCAGUCUGCCAUUUCUCUAUCUCAGCUUCAAGCUCCACGACUCAUAGGCAGCUCCGUCGCGGAGCUACAGAUAAAGAAAAAUGGGGAUCAUUGAAAAGAUCAAAGAAAUUGAGGCCGAGAUGGCUCGGACUCAGAAAAACAAAGCAACAGAGUAUCAUCUUGGUCAGCUCAAAGCAAAGAUUGCUAAGCUGCGGACUCAAUUACUGGAGCCUCCAAAGGGUUCUAGUGGAGGGGGAGAUGGUUUUGAAGUAACAAAAUUUGGCCAUGGACGUGUUGCGUUGAUUGGUUUUCCUAGUGUGGGAAAGUCGACACUUCUGACAAUGUUAACGGGUACACAGUCAGAAGCUGCUUCUUAUGAGUUCACAACACUUACUUGCAUUCCUGGUAUUAUUCACUACAAUGAUACAAAAAUUCAGUUGCUCGAUCUUCCUGGAAUCAUUGAAGGUGCUUCUGAAGGCAAGGGUCGUGGAAGGCAGGUUAUUGCUGUUGCCAAGUCGUCUGACAUUGUUCUGAUGGUUCUUGAUGCCUCAAAAAGUGAGGGUCAUCGGCAAAUAUUGACAAGGGAGCUGGAAGCUGUGGGUUUGCGUUUAAACAAAAGACCUCCUCAGAUAUACUUCAAAAAGAAAAAAACUGGGGGCAUUUCAUUCAACAGCACUCUCACUUUAACUCACGUGGAUGAGAAGCUUUGUUAUCAAAUUUUACACGAAUACAAAAUUCACAACGCUGAGGUGCUAUUUCGCGAGGAUGCAACAGUGGAUGAUUUUAUUGAUGUCAUUGAGGGAAAUCGUAAAUACAUGAAAUGUGUGUAUGUCUACAACAAGAUUGAUGUUAUUGGUAUUGAUGAUGUGGACACAUUGGCAAGACAACCUAAUUCUGUUGUUAUAAGCUGCAACCUGAGGUUAAACUUCGAUAGACUACUUGCAAAGAUGUGGGAAGAGAUGGGGCUUGUUCGAGUUUACACAAAACCUCAAGGGCAGCAACCUGAUUUCACAGAUCCUGUAGUUCUAUCCUCUGACAGAGGCGGCUGCACAGUUGAGGAUUUCUGUAACCACAUACACAGGAAUUUGGUGAAGGAUGUUAAAUAUGUGCUGGUGUGGGGUAUAAGUGCCAGGCACUACCCUCAACAUUGUGGUCUUAGUCACAAUCUUCAUGAUGAAGAUGUGGUUCAGAUUGUUAAGAAGAAGGAAACUGAUGAGGGUGGAAGGGGUAGGUUCAAGUCGCAUUCAAAUGCUCCUGCUAGAAUCUGUGACAGAGAGAAAAAGGCUCCUUUGAAGACAUAAUUCUGUGAAGAGUUAUUGCCAUGCUCAGAGGCUUGUUAACAAGAAGCAGCAUCAAGAUAUCCCUACCUGAAAUAUAGUUCUUUGAAAACGUAUAACAAUAUGCUCAGUGCAACAUCAUUCAGAAGGGUAGAACUUGGUAGUGAAAUCCCCAUCGGGCUUCAAUCAGCUUCAUUUGUCUCUAAGCAUGUUUGUCAGAAUGAGUAUACUUUUUGGGUCCAUAUGUUGUAAUCUUCAUUAAGGAUUUUGAAACAUCGAGAUAGAUAUGUAGUCAUUUUGGUUUUGGAAAGUGAUUAUUAUAUAUUCAUAUAUAUACGUGGUAUUUAUCUGGAACUUUAAUUUAGGAAGUUGCACUGUUGCAAUGAGAACAUUUGUAAUUUCUCAGGAAACGAAUUCUAGCCUCUACCCCAUGACAGCAUUGCCGCUUUGGCCAUCCAAUGAUAUGUUUUACAUUUUACA